UCGCAUUCACAAAUUUUAACAUUAAAAAUAAAUACAUACGUACAUAGCCUCUAUUAAAUUUUUUAAAUUAUAAAAAACACAGCAAUAUAAUGACUGCCACAACAAAAUAUUCUUGUUCUCCGUCUAAGGAGUCUUUUUAUGAAGCCGUUCAAAUUUUAAUAACCAAACCCCAUGUUGUCAAUAAGAGAUUAUGGGGUAGUAAGAUAUGGUUAAAACAUAAUUGUAUAAGUUUGGAGGAAACAGUAACAUGGCCAAAUCACAUUCAUAAAUUAGAAAGUGUGAGUACACCAGAAAUCGAAAAGUACAUAGAUUGUAUGUAUAAUACCAUGAAACUUCAAAAGUGUGAUGGUGAUUCUAUUUCAGAUUGUUUUGAAAUAAAUAUCUUAGAAUUGUUCCCUAAAAACUACGCUGAUAAGGCAUCAUAUCAAUUAAUAAUCAUAAACAAGCUUGAAAGUUAUAUAAUAUUUUAUAAUGUAACACCUAGUGAAGUAAUACAAAAUACAACUCCUUCAUUUACUUAUGGUAUUCAUAUUGAGAAUGAUAUGAUUGUCUUGAAUGCACACUGUGAUGAUGAAAACUCAAAAUCAUACAUGUGGCUCAAGAAUAAGCUCUUACCACAGUUUAUCAAAUGGACAACUGAAACUGAAAGCAAUAAUGGAAAGAAGAAAAUCUGCACAGCUUCUUUAACUUUAGUAUCAAGUAGUAAAUAUUUUGAAAAAUAUAAUGAACUAAAACUCAAGUAUGGGAAAGACUUGGUUAAGAUUUGGCCAGAAUGUACUGAUCCUACAAAGUUUGUAUAUGAAGAUGUUGCUAUUGCAACUUAUUUGCUCCUGCUUUGGGAAGACCGAAGUUUAGUAAAGAAACAAACAUUUGUGGAUCUUGGAUGUGGCAAUGGUUUAUUGGUGUAUAUAUUAUGUAAAGAGGGCCAUGCAGGACUUGGAAUUGAUGUAAGAAAAAGAGAAAUUUGGGAUAUGUAUCCGCCUGAGGUAAAAUUGAAGAUGAAAACUAUUGUACCCUCAGAAAGCAAUCUGUUUCCAAAUGCUGAUUGGAUUAUUGGUAACCAUUCUGAUGAAUUGACACCUUGGAUUCCUGUCAUAGCAGCUAAGAGUUCUUACAAAUGCAACUUUUUCCUAUUGCCAUGUUGUGCAUUCAACUUUGAUGGGUCCAAAUACCAACGAGUGGAUUCUAAAAAAAGUCAAUACACUGAAUAUUUAGAACACGUAAAGAAAAUUUGUGAAGAUUGUGGUUUUAUAACUGAUCUUGACAGACUUAAAAUACCAAGUACGAAGAGAAUAUGUUUAGUAAGCAAUGGUCGAAUGUACAGUCCAGACACUUAUAAAGACAGUAUUAAUAAAAUUUCUAAAAUUUUCAAAGAGAAACAUGCACGUGGUAAUGUAGAAAAUGACACCUGGUUGGCAGAUUUUAAAGCUAGAGAAUCUACACAGAAAGUACGGAAUUGUACACAGUUGGAUAAAAACCUAAUAGAGUCAAUAGUAAAAAUAGUGACAGACUGUUUGCUUGAAGGGUGCAGUAAAGACUGUAAUGAACAAUGGUCUGUUGGAAAAAUUGUUGAAAUAAGUGAACUAGUUUCACUAAUUCCAAAGCAAAAUCUUAUUAAACUUAAAUCUGAAUGUGGGGGUUUGCAAACUUUAUUAAAGAACAAUCAUAACAUAUUUCUUGUUUCUGGUGGUAAAGUGCAGUUGAGGUAUCCUAAAACAGUAGACCAAGUGAUUACUAUUCAAAAGAGACAAAAAAUAAUUGACACAAAAAUACAAGUAAAGCCUUGCUGGUUCCACAACAACCAUCCUCAAGGGUGUCCCCUGUCUAGCAUCAAUUGUAGCUUCCUACACAGUAAAGGAUAAAUUAAUAAGAAA